GGGUUGAAAUCUUGGAGCUUAAUUCGUUUUUAGGCAGGAUCAGAAAUGGGGUUUGUUUAAUUACUUGCAUUCUAGCUGAAAAUUUUGGGAUUUUGAUAAGCAAAAAGCUAUGGUAUAAACCUUUCGUAUUGUUUUCUUGUGAUUGGAUUAAUGACGAGGAGCUAUUUUUUAGAAUAAUUUCAGCUUCUUUUUAUUGGUGGGUUUUUUGCUUUCGGACUUGAUACUGUUAAUUGGGGGUGAAAAGUAAGACCUAACUGCUUGAUUGGAUUGUAGGAAGACUUCAUGCAAUUAAGUGGCUGGCUUUGGCUUAACUGUUUUAGGCAUUAUUGCGUUUUGGGGGUUGUUUUGGUGCCAGAACUUUUACGGGUUCCUUGUGUUAGGGUCUCAGGGAAGUGGUUGGUUAUUAAACGUGUAAUUAGUUUCUCAAUGCUAUUGAAAGGGAAGAAGCAUGAGCAUUAAAUUAGUCUGAAGGUUGUUGUAGACUUGUAGUGACGCCAAAUUCAAAUAGGCGAUGGUUAGUUCCCUUGUGCUUUUCUCUUCUUGUGUUAUGCACGAAAGAGAAGAGACUUCUAGGUGUGCAGGAUGUUGUAUUUGUCAGCAUGCAAUGUUCUUUUCCGUUCAAUUUGUCGCUGGUUGCUUAUGCUGAAUGGUGGUUUUUUUUUAUUUUAUUUAUUUAUUUUUUUUGCAGGGUUCAUAUUAGGGACUCUGAUUUAGUUUUUCUUCACUGAAGCAUUAUGGAGGGUGAUCGAGGACCUAUUGACCUUGACAAUAGCACGGUUAUGUUAGAUCCUGAAAUUUCUGCUGGUGGGGGAUUAACAGUUCCAGAAAGAGACAAAAUGGUUUAUAGACCGCAAGAGAGGAAAUCACUUUUAGGGUUGGAUAUGCUUGCGAAAACAAAAAGAGCAGAUGCCUUGUUUAAGAUGCCACGAGAAAAAGUUCCUUCCGUUUUGGCAUCUUUAAACGAAGAAGAGAUGAUGUCAUCACACUCAGAGGUUGAUGAUGUUGAAACUGAAGUGAAAGGGACUCAACGGAAUGUUACUGGUAGGAAGUAUCGCGAAUCUGUCACCAGUAAGACAUCUGAAACAGAAAGUACUAUAACUGAAGGAAGUAUUCAUGCUUCAUCCUCAAGGCAUGAUCGCCCAAAUGAUCAUGGUGAAUCUUCGGCCUCGCUUUCUGGAAGAUCACGAUCUUCAACUCCUAGACGUGAUUAUGAUGAUGAUGGGAGGAGAAGCAGCAGAUCCAGGGAUGAAAGUAUGCGAAGUGAUAGGGAGAGGAGUAGGAAAUAUCAGAGUGAUGGCGAAGAGCGUAGUCGCCGGGAUCAUGGUCAUGAAAGGGAGUAUACCGACAGAUAUGGAAGAAAACGCAGUAGACGUGAUGAGUUUAGGGGAACCCCAGGCAGAUCUGAUUGGGAUGAAGGUAGAUGGGAAUGGGAGGAUACACCACGUCGUGAGAGUCGUGCUGGCUCUAGCAGACACAAUCAACCUUCCCGUUCACCAAUGUUUGUUGGAGCUUCUCCUGAUGCUCGACUUGUAUCCCCAUGGUUGGGGGGACAAACUCCGACUGGAUCUUCUGCAUCUCCAUGGGACUCCAUGGCUCCUUCACCUACUCCGAUACGGGCCUCUGGAACAUCAUCGACGUCGUCUUCCAGUUAUCGCCGUAGUAGAAAGUCUGUACCAGUUACGUCGUCUGCCCGUAAUCCACAAUUGGUUGAGGAAGAACAAGAUGGCAUUAAUGAUUUGACUGAGGAUAAUGAUCCUGAGAUUUCUGAAAGUAUGAGAUUAGAGAUGGAGUACAAUUCUGAUCGUGCCUGGUAUGAUAGGGAGGAAGGUGGCUCUGUAUUUGAUGGUAAUAAUUCCUCUUAUUUCCUUGGGGAUGACGCAUCUUUCCAGAAAAGAGAGUCAGAGAAGAUCAAACGACUGGUUAGGAGAGAUGGAAGCUCGAUGACGCUUGCUCAGACCAAAAAGUUAUCUCAACGCGCUGCGGAUAAUGCUCAGUGGGAGGACAGGCAACUGAUGAGAUCUGGUGCUGUGAAAAGUACCGAAGUGCAAACUGAAUUUGAUGAUGAGGAUGAGAGGAAGGUUAUUCUUCUAGUUCAUGAUACAAAACCCCCCUUUCUUGAUGGGAGGAUUGUUUUCACAAAGCAAGCUGAACCAGUUAUGCCCAUCAAAGACCCUACAUCAGACAUGGCCAUAAUAUCACGUAAAGGAUCUGCCCUAGUACGUGAAGUUCAUGAGAAGCAAAGCCUGAAUAAAUCACGCCAACGUUUUUGGGAACUUGCUGGUUCAAAACUUGGGAACAUUCUUGGUGUUGAAAAGACAGCAGAACAGAUUGAUGCAGAUACAGCUGUAGUUGGGGAAGAAGGUGAGGUUGAUUUCAAGGAGGAUGCGAGGUUUGCACAGCACAUGAAAAAGGGGGAAGCAGUCAGUGAAUUUGCUAAAUCCAAAACAUUAACAGAACAGAGGCAGUAUUUGCCCAUUUUCUCUAUACGAGACGAGCUACUGCAGGUGGUCCGUGAAAAUCAGGUUGUGGUGGUUGUUGGGGAAACUGGUUCUGGAAAGACAACACAACUAACUCAGUAUCUGCAUGAGGAUGGAUACACCGUAAAUGGCAUUGUUGGAUGCACCCAACCCAGACGUGUAGCUGCUAUGAGUGUUGCAAAAAGAGUUAGUGAAGAAAUGGAAACCGAGCUUGGUGAUAAAGUUGGAUAUGCAAUUCGUUUUGAAGAUGUGACUGGGCCAAAUACUGUUAUUAAGUACAUGACUGAUGGCGUGCUUCUCCGAGAGACACUGAAGGAUUCUGAUCUCGAUAAAUAUCGUGUAGUUGUGAUGGAUGAAGCUCAUGAGAGAUCACUUAAUACUGAUGUACUAUUUGGGAUUCUUAAGAAAGUAGUUGCACGGCGCCUUGAUUUUAAGCUUAUCGUGACAUCAGCAACUCUAAAUGCUGACAAAUUUUCAAAUUUUUUUGGGAGUGUGCCAAUAUUUCAUAUACCUGGGAGAACUUUUCCUGUACAAAUCUUGUACAGUAAAUCCCCUUGCGAGGAUUAUGUUGAAGCUGCAGUAAAGCAGGCAAUGACCAUUCACAUUACUAGUGCACCGGGUGACAUACUCAUCUUCAUGACCGGUCAAGAUGAAAUCGAGGCAACGUGUUAUGCACUUGCAGAACGAAUGGAACAGCUUAUCUCUUCAUCCAAGCAAGCUGUUCCAAAACUGUUAAUUCUUCCAAUAUACUCGCAACUGCCAGCUGACCUUCAGGCGAAAAUAUUUGAGAAAGCUGAAGAGGGAGCACGGAAAUGUAUCGUUGCUACAAAUAUUGCAGAAACUUCGUUGACUGUGGAUGGGAUUUAUUAUGUCAUAGACACGGGCUAUGGUAAAAUGAAGGUAUACAACCCUCGAAUGGGUAUGGAUGCUCUGCAAGUCUUCCCUGUUAGCCGUGCUGCUGCAGAUCAACGUGCUGGUCGUGCUGGUAGAACUGGCCCAGGCACUUGUUAUCGACUUUAUACAGAGAAUGCUUAUCUGAAUGAAAUGCUGCCUAGUCCUGUGCCCGAAAUUCAGAGAACCAAUCUCGGCAAUGUCGUAUUGUUGCUCAAGUCUCUCAAAAUUGAAAACCUGCUGGAUUUUGAUUUUAUGGAUCCACCUCCCCAGGACAAUAUUCUUAAUUCCAUGUACCAGUUGUGGGUUUUAGGUGCACUGGAUAAUGUGGGUAACCUCACUGAUCUUGGAUGGAAAAUGGUGGAGUUCCCAUUAGAUCCUCCCCUCGCAAAGAUGUUGUUGGUUGGUGAACAACUUGGAUGUAUAAAUGAGGUUCUUACUAUUGUGUCUAUGCUCUCUGUGCCAUCUGUUUUCUUUAGACCUAAAGACAGGGCAGAGGAGAGUGACGCUGCAAGGGAAAAAUUUUUUGUUCCCGAGUCCGAUCACCUUACUCUUCUCAAUGUCUACCAGCAGUGGAAAGCAAAUCAGUAUCGAGGAGAUUGGUGCAAUGACCAUUUUUUGCAGGUCAAGGGGUUACGGAAGGCAAGAGAAGUAAGGUCACAAUUGUUGGACAUUCUGAAGACACUGAAAAUUCCUCUCACCACUUGUGGUCCUGAUUGGGAUGUCGUAAGGCAGGCUAUUUGUUCAGCCUACUUCCACAAUGCUGCAAGACUGAAGGGGGUUGGGGAAUAUGUCAACUGUAGAAAUGGGAUGCCGUGCCACUUGCAUCCAAGUAGUUCGCUCUUUGGUCUGGGUUACACUCCAGAAUAUGUAGUUUAUCAUGAGUUAGUUUUGACAACAAAAGAAUACAUGCAGAAUGUUACAGCUGUUGAGGCUCAGUGGUUGGCUGAUUUAGGACCUAUGUUUUUCUCCAUUAAGGAUUCUGAUACAUCGAUGCUGCAACAUAAAAAGAAACAGAAGGAAGAGAAAACAGCUAUGGAAGAGGAGAUGGAGAGGUUGCGUCAGGCCCAAGCAGAGGAAGAAAGAAAGAACAAGGAGAGGGAGAAGGAGAAGAGAGCCAAGGAACAGCAAAAGAUUUCAAUGCCAGGCCUGAAACAAGGUUCUUCUACUUAUCUACGGCCUAAGCGGCUUGGUCUGUAAAUGGUACCUGUAUAUAUGUCUAGAUUGCAAUUCAUGUUGGCAGAAAUCCCGCCUGUGUAUACCUCAUUAACAUGUAGCCAAUUUGCAGCAUUUUGAGACCUGUGAUUGUCAACAGUUUUGAACUCUCUGAAUAUACUUCUAUAUGCGAUGCUGACUGGUUACUGUUGAUGAAUUUCCGGCUGUUGAAAGCGGAGAGGUGAACCAUUUGAUUGCCAGUUAAUCUUUUCUUUCUGGAUGAUGGAAAGGAAAAGGUGUUUAAGUGAACAUCCAUAUACAACUGACAGAAACAGAUCCUUUUUCCUUUUCCAGUUCAGUAGUCUAGUUACUAAUUUGCUAGGUCAACCGAAGAAAACUUUUUUCUCAAUACCUUACCACUGUGAAUUCUAAUGUUAUCAAAAUAAAUAGAUCUCAUCGUAUUACUGUGUUAUAUCUUGCAUAUCAUCCCUCUGUUGUUUUUUUUAUGACACGAA